AUGGCUUGCAUUUGCAUGAAAAAGUUGAGCCUUUUUGUUCUAAGCUAUACUUUCCAUGGAACCGUUGCAAUUAUUGCCAGCGUCUGUGGCUGUGUAACCGUAGUUAUAAAUCUGAUAUCUGCACCCUGUAUCCGUGAAAACGUGACGAAGCGCUACCAUUUUUUCAAGAAACGCAGAGAAAGACUAGAGGUUUUGGAGAGUAAAUGGAAUGAUCUAGGGCGACGAUUGUAUGAAGUAAAACGAGAGUCCAAGGGCAAGGUGGUGCUCAAGUCAUUCAAAAACUUCGAGUGGCUGGAAACGGCAGAGAAGCUGAUGAAGGAUGCUGAUCCGUUGCAUUUUCGAGAGCAAAUAAGUGACAUUAAUCAUUUCUACGAAGCACCAAAGUGUUUUUCACAGUACAAUGCUGGGAAAGAAAUUGAAGAUUUCAUUGGACAGUUGGAUGCAGUGCAUAAUGAGGGCAAAGAUUUCCUCCUUGUGGAUCAAUCGGUUGUGGUGGGACGGCUGAGAGGCAGCAGCAGAACAAGGCUUUUGGGAGAGGCAGAAAAUAAGAUCAAAGAGAUUAAGGGGUAUGUAACAGGGAAGGGUUUUCAGACGAUACGUGUUCAUGGAAUGCCUGGUUCGGGGAAGACAGAAAUUGUAUCUGCAGUCAACGACAGCAUACUGAAUGACUACCAAGCUUGCAGUAUGGCCUCAUCAUCACCGUCCACGUUACCAAUUCCUGGUAACAGCCCGAGGGAUCACUUUGAUAAAGUCAUUUGGGUGACUGUAGAGCACGAAGGAACUGAAUCAUCCAUUGAUAACUUGCAAAACAAAAUUGCAGAGCAACUAAAAAUCGACUUGAAAACUGCUGGGGAGAGUAGGGCAGACACACUGGCAAAUGAGCUGAAUGAGUUAACGUUUCUGAUCAUUUUAGAUAAUAUGCAGAAUGAUUUCCCUCUCAAGUUAAUCGGGAUUCCAGUGCCAACCAAGGAAAAUGGCUGCAAGAUCAUAAUCGUGUCGAGAUCACUUCCCGUGUGUCUCGACAUCAGAAUUGGUACAUAUGUUAAGAUCCAGCCUCUGUCGAGUGGAGAGGCGCAAACAUUGUUUGAGAUCGAAGCUGGCAUUGAAUUGUCAAAAUUAAGGGAAGAUACUCGAGCUAAUGCAAAGAAAAUGAUAGAUGAAUGGGAAUGUUUGCCCUUUACCAUCAUCUGGCUGGCACAAACCUUGAAAGAAUUGAAGAACAAUGGUGGUUCUCAUGUCGACCACGUUGUUGCAUGGAAUGCAACAUUUGACAUGUUAAAAGAGUCUCCAGAUAUCUUGGAUGGCAUGAAUGAAAAAGCAUUUAACAUUUUGAAAGACAGCUACGAUGCCUUGAAGGAAGAAACGAAGAAAUGUUUCCUCUACUGUGCAUUAUACCCAAGUGGUCAUCUGAUCGAGAAAAAGGAAUUAGUCGAGUAUUGGUUUUGGGAGGGUUUGAUCAACGGCAAUGAGAGAAGCGGACACAUAGAAGAUAUGGGACAAGCAAAAAAGAUAUUCUAUGAACUCAUAAGAGCACACCUUGUGGAAGAAAUAGACAGUCCUCAAGAUCAACAAGGCCUUCUUGCUGUUAAAGGCAAACACCGCAUGAUCAAGAUGCGCAACUUAGCUAGGAAAAUGGCAGUCCAUCUUACCAACCCUGGUCAGUUUCUCAUCAAAGCUGGCGAGAAGCUUCCCCAUGCACAGUUGCACUUGCAACAGGAAAAGUACUUGUCUGGAGUAGAGAGAGCCUCAUUGAUGACAAAUAAGAUUCGAGCGAUUAUGGAACAGCCCAACUUUUCCAAUCUGUCCACAUUACUUCUGCAGAACAACCCCAUCAUUCAUUUGCACGAAAAUUUCUUUUGUAAUAUGCCUAACCUCAUAGUUCUUGACCUUUCUCAUACCAACAUCUCUACCCUUCCACAGUCAGCCUCUUACUUGAAAAAACUAACGGCACUUCUUCUGCGCAAUUGUCCCAACUUGAAAUCCCUGCCCUCUUUGGAAAACUCUGAGGAACUUCUUCUUCUUGACCUUUCUGAUACUCCUAUAACAAAAUUGCCCGAUGGAAUGGAGAAACUAACCAAGCUUAUUCGCCUAAACCUGUCUCGUACAUGUGUGGGAGAAUUUCGAGCAGAAGUUGUGCAUGCAUUAGUCAGUCUAGAAGAAGUGUUGAUGAUAACUAAUGAUGACUCUGUCGCGGGUUCUUUGUUGAAAGGAGCAAGUAGUAUUGAGAAGUUGGGAUUUCUUAGUCGCUUAGCUAUUCUUCAGGCCAAGUUCCCAGAUGUAGAAGCCUUUAACAGCUAUGUCGUUUCCAAGACUCAUCAUCUAUACAAAUUGAAAGUCUAUUUAGGUGAUGUUUCUUGUACUCAUGAAACAAAGAUUGUUAAAGGAAAAUCAAUUACACAAUCUGAUUGA